AUGGCCCACGACACAUGGCAGAGCCCCCUGGCGGCUCGCUACGCCAGUAAAGAAAUGCUCACUUUGUUUUCACCUCGAACUCGAGCUACAACCUGGCGCCAACUCUGGAUCUGGCUCGCCGAAGCAGAGAAAGAGCUGGGACUCGACAUCCCGGACGAGGCCAUUUCGCAGAUGGAGGCUGCUAAAGUUAUGACAGAUGAUGAUUUUCAGGUCGCGGCUGUAGAGGAAAAGCGGCGACGACACGACGUUAUGGCCCACGUUCACGCUUUCGGUCAGCGCGCACCUGCGGCCGCCGGGAAGAUACAUCUAGGAGCGACUUCUUGCUACGUGACAGAUAACGCCGACUUGAUAUUCUUGAGGGAUGGAUUGUCAAUCCUGUUGCCGAAGGUUGCAAAGUGUGUCAAGAAGCUGUCGGAUUUUGCGCUGGAGCACAAAGCGUUACCUUGUCUGGGGUUUACCCAUGGCCAACCUGCUCAACCCAUCACUGUCGGUCGUCGGACUACGCAAUGGAUCGAGUCACUACUCAUGGACCUGAGGAACCUUGAACGUGCCCGUGGAGAUCUCGUCUUCCGUGGCGUCAAAGGCACCACCGGGACCCAGGCGUCCUUCCUUGAGUUAUUCCACGGUGAUCACAGCAAAGUGAAGCAGCUGGAUUCAUUGGUCACCAAGAAAGCCGGUUUCAGUAAGCGCUCCAUUGUGUCGGUGCAGACCUAUAACCGCAAGAUUGAUUUUGACAUUGCCAAUGUGUUGGCAUCGUUCGGCACCACAUGUGAGCACAUCGGCACCGACUUGCGGCAUUUGGCCAUGUUGAAAGAAGUCGAAGAACCUUUUGAGAAGGAUCAAAUUGGGUCGUCUGCUAUGGCCUAUAAGCGCAACCCUAUGCGCUCGGAACGCAUGUGUUCUCUUGCUCGGAAACUGGUAUCGCUUGCCUCUGGGUUCGGGCAAACGUACGCUCACCAAUGGUUCGAAAGAUCGUUGGACGACUCUGCAAUCCGACGUAUCGAUAUCCCUGAGAUGUUUCUGAUCGCCGACGCAUUAUGCAUUCUGCUCGAAAACGUGUCUUCUGGCCUCGUGGUGUAUCCACAGGUCAUCAGCGCUCGGCUGCAGCAAGAGCUCCCCUUCAUGGCCACCGAGACAAUGAUUAUGCGCAUGGUCGAAAAGGGCGCUAGCCGUCAAGAAACUCACGAAUACAUCCGAGUAUUGUCUCAUCAAGCCGCCGCGGUGGUGAAAUUGGAAGGGCAAGCGAACGAUCUUGUCGACCGCAUCAAGAAGGAGAAGUUCUUUGAGCCUAUUUGGAGCGAGUUGACGCCGGAAGACUUGCUCAACCCAUCAAAGUUUGUCGGCAGGUCAGCAGAACAGGUUGAUGAAUUCGUCGAAGAGGCGGUUGAACCGGCCUUGCAGCCGUACAAGGACCAGAUUCUGAGCAGUGGAGCCGCGGAAAUCAAUGUUUAA